CGGCGCGCUCUGCUCUCCUUUCUUUUCCGUCCCGUUCACCCUCUUUUGCUCACACUGUUACACUUUCUCUGUCCCCCGGCUUUGUUAUUCAGCAUGUCUGAUUAGCAGGAGCCUGAUUGGCUGGCUGCCUGCUCCGAAAGAGAUUCCAUUCAGCUUACCCCCCACCCAUCCACCCACCCACCCACCCUCGGUCAGGAAAUGUGAGCGGGGCUGAUGGAAGCUGAUAGGCAGGGCUGGAGUGUUAGCACCGGUACUGGAUGUGACAGCAGGCAGAAGGGCACUUAGCCGCUUAUUCAGUGUCCGAUCGGGAUUCCGGCAAGGAUCCAAGCAUGGAAUGCUGCCGUCGUCGGGCAACUCCUGGCACACCGCUCCUCUUUCUGGCUUUCCUGCUCCUGAGCUCCAGAACAGCACGCUCUGAGGAGGACCGGGAUGGCCUGUGGGAUGCUUGGGGCCCAUGGAGCGAGUGCUCACGCACCUGCGGUGGAGGGGCCUCCUACUCGCUGAGACGCUGCCUCAGCAGCAAGAGCUGUGAGGGAAGAAAUAUCCGAUAUAGAACAUGCAGUAAUGUGGACUGCCCACCAGAAGCAGGCGACUUCCGGGCUCAGCAAUGCUCCGCUCACAAUGAUGUCAAGCACCAUGGCCAGUUUUAUGAAUGGCUCCCUGUGUCUAAUGACCCCGACAACCCAUGUUCACUCAAAUGCCAGGCCAAAGGAACAACCCUAGUUGUGGAACUAGCACCUAAAGUCUUAGAUGGGACCCGUUGCUACACAGAAUCUUUGGAUAUGUGCAUCAGUGGUUUGUGCCAAAUUGUCGGCUGUGAUCACCAGCUGGGAAGCACCAUCAAGGAGGAUAACUGUGGAGUCUGCAACGGGGAUGGGUCCACCUGCCGGCUGGUCCGAGGGCAGUAUAAAUCCCAGCUCUCCGCAACCAAAUUGGAUGAUACUGUGGUUGCUAUUCCCUAUGGAAGUAGACAUAUUCGCCUCGUCUUAAAAGGACCUGAUCACUUGUAUCUGGAAACCAAAACCCUGCAGGGGGCUAAAGGUGAAAACAGUCUCAGCUCUACAGGCACCUUUCUUGUGGACAAUUCUAGUGUGGACUUCCAGAAAUUUCCAGACAAAGAGAUACUGAGAAUGACUGGACCACUCACAGCAGAUUUCAUUGUCAAGAUCCACAACUCAGGGCCCGCUGACAGCACAGUCCAGUUCAUCUUCUAUCAGCCGAUCAUCCACCGUUGGAGGGAGACAGAUUUCUUUCCUUGCUCAGCAACCUGUGGAGGAGGUUACCAGCUGACAUCGGCAGAGUGUUACGACCUUCGGAGCAACCGUGUGGUUGCCGAUCAGUACUGUCAGUAUUACCCGGAGAACAUCAAACCCAAACCCAAACUUCAAGAGUGCAACUUGGAUCCUUGCCCAGCCAGUGACGGAUACAAGCAGAUCAUGCCUUAUGACCUCUACCAUCCCCUUCCUCGGUGGGAGGCCACCCCGUGGACCGCGUGCUCCUCCUCGUGUGGGGGGGGCAUCCAGAGCCGGGCAGUUUCCUGUGUGGAGGAGGACAUCCAGGGGCAUGUCACCUCAGUGGAAGAGUGGAAAUGCAUGUACACCCCUAAGAUGCCCAUCGUGCAGCCCUGCAACAUUUUUGACUGUCCUAAAUGGCUGGCACAGGAGUGGUCUCCGUGCACCGUGACAUGUGGCCAGGGCCUCAGGUAUCGGGUGGUCCUCUGCAUCGACCAUCGUGGAAUGCACACAGGAGGUUGUAGCCCCAAAACGAAGCCCCACAUAAAAGAGGAAUGUGUCAUACCCACUCCCUGCUAUAAACCCAAAGAGAAGCUUCCAGUAGAGGCCAAGCUUCCAUGGUACAAACAAGCUCAAGAGCUAGAAGAAGGAGCCGCUGUGUCAGAAGAGCCCUCGUUCAUCCCCGAAGCCUGGUCGGCCUGCACGGUUACCUGUGGUGUGGGGACCCAGGUACGAAUGGUGAGGUGCCAGGUGCUCCUGUCUUUCUCUCAGUCCGUGGCUGACCUGCCUGUUGACGAAUGUGAAGGGCCCAAGCCAGCAUCCCAGCGUGCCUGUUAUGCAGGACCAUGCCACGGGGAAGUGCCUGCGUUGAACCCAGAAGAGACAGAUGGCCUCUUGGGUGGCCUGCAGGAUUUUGACGAGCUCUAUGACUGGGAAUAUGAGGGCUUCACCAAGUGCUCCGAGUCAUGUGGAGGAGGUGUCCAGGAGGCUGUGGUGAGCUGCCUGAACAAACAGACGCGGGAGCCUGCUGAUGAGAACCUGUGUGUGACCAGCCGCCGGCCCCCACGGCUCCUCAAGUCCUGCAGUUUGGAUCCCUGCCCAGCCAGGUGGGAAAUUGGCAAGUGGAGUCCAUGCAGUCUCACCUGUGGGGUUGGCCUGCAGACCAGAGAUGUCUUCUGCUCCCACCUCCUUUCCAGAGAGAUGAAUGAAACCGUAAUCCUGGCCGAUGAACUGUGCCGUCAGCCCAAGCCCAGCACAGUGCAAGCUUGUAACCGCUUCAACUGCCCCCCUGCCUGGUACCCUGCACAGUGGCAACCGUGUUCCAGGACCUGCGGAGGGGGCAUCCAGAAGCGUGAAGUUCUUUGCAAACAGCGCAUGGCUGACGGCAGCUUCCUGGAGCUUCCUGAGACCUUCUGUUCAGCCUUGAAACUGGCCUCCCAGCAAGCCUGCAAGAAGGAUGACUGUCCCAGCGAGUGGCUCCUCUCUGACUGGACAGAGUGUUCCACAAGCUGUGGAGAAGGCACGCAGACUCGAAGUGCCAUUUGCCGGAAGGUGCUGAAAACCGGGGUCUCGGCUAUCGUCAAUUCCUCCCUGUGCCCUCCCCUGCCCUUCUCUUCAUCCAUCAGGCCCUGCAUGCUGGCAACCUGUGCACGGCCCGGGCGGCCGUCCACCAAGCACAGCCCUCACAUCGAGGCCGCCAGGAAGAUCUACAUCCAGACCCGGAGGCAGAGGAAGCUGCACUUCGUCGUGGGCGGGUUCGCCUACCUGCUCCCCAAGACGGCAGUGGUGCUGCGCUGCCCCACGCGGCGCUUCCGCAAGCCCCUGAUCACCUGGGAGAAGGACGGCCAGCACCUCAUCAGCUCCGCGCACGUCACCGUGGCCCCUUUUGGCUACCUGAAGAUCCACCGCCUCAAGCCCGCCGACGCCGGCAUCUACACCUGCUCCGCGGGACCCGCCCGGGAGCACUUUGUCCUUAAGCUCAUUGGAGGCAACCGGAAGCUGGUGGCCCGGCCCCUGAGCCUGAGGAGCGAGGAGGAGGCCCUCGCGGUGAGGAAGGCCAGCCCGAAGGAGGCCCUGCAGCCGCACAAACACCAGAACGGCAUCUUCUCUAACGGCAGCAAGGCUGAGAAGCGGGGCCCCGCCGCUGACCCGGGGAGCCGCUACGAUGACCUUGUCUCCCGGCUGCUGGAGCAGGGGGGCUGGCCCGGGGAGCUCCUCGCCUCACGGGAGGUGCAGGACUCCACGGAGAGGAACACGUCCUCCGAGGAGGACCAGAACGCCGAGCAGGCCCUCUGGCACCUGCCCUUCACCAUGGUGACCGAGCAGAAGCGCCUGGACGACAUCCUCCGGAACCUCUCCCAGCAGCCCGAGGAGCUUCGAGACGUCUACAGCAAGCACCUGGUGGCCCAGCUGGCCCAGGAGAUCUUCCGCAGCCACCUGGAGCCCCAGGACAUGCUGCUCAAGCCACCUGAGCGGCGGGGACCCCCCGUGGCCAUCCCCCCUCAUAAGCACGUGUCUGGCUUCAGCAGCUCGCUCCGGACCUCGGCCGCCGGGGAGGCGGGGGUUGGCUCUCGCCGGCCCCACCGCAAGCCCACCAUCUUGCGGAAGAUCUCAGCUGCCCAGCAGCUCUCGGCCUCCGAGGUGGUCACCCACCUCGGGCAGACUGUGGCCCUGGCCAGUGGGACGCUGAGUGUGCUUCUGCACUGCGAGGCCAUAGGCAACCCAAGGCCGACCAUCAGCUGGGCCAGGAACGGAGAAGAGGUGCAGUUCAGUGACAGGAUUCUUCUGCAGCCAGAUGAUUCCUUACAGAUCCUGGCACCAGUGGAAGCUGAUGUGGGUUUCUACACUUGUAACGCCACCAAUGCCUUGGGAUAUGACUCUGUCUCCAUCGCUGUCACAUUAGCAGGAAAACCACUAGUGAAGACAUCACGAGGGACUGUGAUCAACACCGAGGAGCCUGCCAUCACAGUUGAUGUGGGAAGCACCAUCAAAACAGUACAAGGAGUGAAUGUAACAAUUAACUGCCAAGUUGCAGGUGUGCCUGAAGCUGAAGUCACUUGGUUCAGGAAUAAAAGCAAACUGGGCUCCCCUCCCCAUGGGCACGAGGGCUCCUUGCUGCUCACAGACGUGUCCGCCUCGGAUCAGGGCCUGUACUCCUGCAGGGCAGCCAAUGUCCAUGGAGAGCUGACUGAGAACACGCAGCUGCUGAUCCUAGAUCCCCCCCAAGUCCCCACACAGUUGGAAGACAUCAGGGCCUUGCUUUCAGCCACUGGACCGAACCUUCCUUCAGUGCUGACAUCUCCUCUGGGAGCACAGCUGGUCCUGGAUCCUGGGAAUUCCGCUCUCCUUGGCUGUCCCAUCAAAGGUCACCCUACCCCCAAUAUCACCUGGUUCCAUGGUGAUCAGCCAGUCGCCACUGUCCCAGGACUGACACAUCAUAUCUUGGCAGCUGGACAGAUUCUUCAGGUUGCAAAUCUUAGUGGCGGGUCUCAAGGGGAAUUCAGCUGCCUUGCUCAGAAUGAGGCAGGAAUGCUCGUGCAGAAGGCCUCUUUGGUGAUCCAAGAUUACUGGUGGUCUGUGGACAGACUGGCAACCUGCUCAGCCUCCUGUGGUAACAGGGGCGUUCAGCAGCCCCGCCUGAGGUGUCUCCUGAACAGCACAGAGGUCAACCCCACUCACUGUGCGGGGAAGGUGCGCCCUGCUGUGCAGCCUGUCGCCUGCAACCGGAGAGACUGUCCUUCUCGGUGGAUGGUGACCUCCUGGUCGGCCUGUACCCGGAGCUGUGGGGGAGGCGUCCAGACCCGCCGGGUGACCUGCCAGAAGCUGAAAGCCUCUGGGAUCUCCACCCCUGUGUCCAAUGAUCUGUGUACACAGCUCGCCAAACGGCCAGUAGACACCCAGGCCUGUAACCAACAGCUCUGCGUGGAGUGGGCCUUCUCCAGCUGGGGCCAGUGCAACGGGCCUUGCAUCGGGCCUCACCUAGCCGUGCAACACAGACAAGUGUUCUGCCAAACACGGGAUGGCAUCACUUUACCAUCAGAGCAGUGCAGCUCCCUUCCCAGGCCCGUGAGCACCCAGAACUGCUGGUCAGAAGCCUGCAGCGUACACUGGAGGGUCAGCCUGUGGAGCCUGUGCACGGCGACCUGCGGCAACUACGGCUUCCAGGCCCGGCGCGUUGAGUGUGUGCAUGCCCGCACCAACAAGGCCGUGCCCGAACACCUGUGCUCCUGGGGGCCCCGGCCCGCCAACUGGCAGCGCUGCAACAUCACUCCAUGUGAAAACAGUACGUUCCAACCCCAAAGGGCCUUCUGCCAGGUCCCCAUAGGCCAGCGGGGGCAGAGGGCAGGCCCUGGGCCCGAACCGGAGCCUAGGCCCCUGGAUCAGGUCUCCCAGGGACGGUGAGCUGGGGCCAGAGUUGGGGGUUUUCAGAGGGGCGCCCGCCAGCGAGCCAAGACGUGUGCAAGGAGGUGUAUUCUCACGUCCAGGCCCCCAAGGAUGGCUAAGUGUGCCCCGAGGCACUGAGCAAAGCCAGGUGCUGUUGGCCCGGUGCUAAAUGAGGUCGGCCUCCAGCUCCCCUGCAGUAGCUUGGCCGGGACCCAGAGAGGACAACCAGACAAUGCCUCCGGGGCCAGGCCACUCGACAGAAAGUACUGCCCACACGAGACGAGCAUGCCGAGCGCCUCCUGCCCAGCUGGCCCUGCACCCAUCAUGGCUCUGCCUCUCAUGGAACAAGGAGCUGCCGCCCCAGGGGCGCCCACCGAAAUUGUGCAGGAGCCCAUGCCCUCGAGAUCUGAUACUCCUUCACUCCCCCCUCCCUCGAGUCUGGAUCCUCCUCCGCCUGACAUUGGCAUCUGUAUCCCGGUCGGGUAUUUUUUCUUCCUCUGGACCCAAAACAAACUGGAGGGGGGACGAAGACAAAGUCUGAGGCAAAGAAUAAGAAAUGUUAAAACGUUGCCAUGCAGUUUCCCCCCAAAUGGGGCCUCUCCGAGCAUCGAGCAUCGGAUUGCUAAGGCGGAGGCAGAUGCCUGUGGGCACACCGUCCCCUUGCUUAUACACCGGGGAGAGAGGAUCUCUGUUCUCUGGGUGGUGCCGGCCCCUCUGUGUGUCAAGAGCUCACCGCCAUCCAUACUAUCAGUUCAGUCGAAGUAGUUCAGACUUACAGUGUUAAUCAUAGACGUCCACCCCCCAAAUCAGCACCGAUAUUUCAGGACCCUCUCGUUCCUGCCAGUGCUCAGCUAGCACGCCACAGUGCUCAGGUCAGGCCCGGCCAGGGGAAGGAGGAGAGGCUGAGGUGCACAGGGUAAGAAAACAGAGGGGGCCCCAUCAUCCGGCCAGCCACUGGAACCCCGGGGGCAGCCUGGGAGGCACGGGGCAGAGUUCCACCAGAGUGAGACCAGCCCCCAGGUGCUGGACAGCAGUGGCCCCUCCAGCCCCAGAGCCAAUGCCCAAGGCAGACCCCAGCAAGCACCCCGUGGCCACAGCCCUUGGGCUCUGUUUCACAUCUCUCUUCUGUCCCCUUUCCCAGUGGAGUGCAGAGAUACCACCAGGUACUGCGAGAAGGUGAAACAGCUGAAACUCUGCCAACUCAGCCAGUUCAAAUCUCGCUGCUGUGGGACUUGUGGCAAAGCGUGAAGACGGGGCCCAGGGAGGAACUCCACCCUGGCCGCACAGAGGACUCACGCCACCACCUUGGACAGAACUUAAGCUUUCUUGGUUUAUUUAUUUAUUGCCCUCUACCUGCCCCCACCACACACGCCCUCGUCCGACCUCCUCCCCCCACCCCCGAUGUGAGGGCCUCAGCAUGUCCUCUCUCUCAGUUAGCUGGAGGACAGGAUGUUGGGGAAAGACAAGGAAAGGGGUCUAAAGGAGGUUGCAGAGCAGAUGCCUUCCCCAACCCGGGUCCCAGACAGACCAAGCAAGAGGCCAGCACAGCUCCUGGGGACAGCAGGGAGUCAGGGCCAAGAGCGGACGAGAGACAGGCGGGUAGGGUGACAGCGUUUGGAAAGCCCUGAUGCACAACCAGCUGUGUCUUCCCUGGCAGCACGCUGUCGACCCAGGAGCGUCCUGCUGCUUUGUGUCCCCCCCUGCCUCCGCCUGAGGGGAGGACACCAUCGCGAGGCAGAACCCAGGCCACAACCAUGCGCUUCCGGUGCGGAGCCGUGAGAACUCAAAGCACCCAUACAGAGCAGUCGGGGGGAGACCAUCCAGGUGGGCCCACAGCACACUUGCGGCAGAACUUCUACAAAGUGGGGGGGAAGGGUACGGAAGCAAAAAGAAGCCUGUGCACGGCCCUCAGCGGGGAAGCCAGGUAGAUGAAGAGUGAGCAGGCCCGAGGCUCCGGGAAGGGACACUCCAAAUUCUGCCGCCCUCCUAGAGGGCACAGGCCCUGGGGGCCCAUGCUGCGAGGUAGAAGACAGACCCUCCCCUUGGGGUGGGGGGGUGGGGUCUGCUUUCCCCGUGCCGUCUCGGUGAACAUUCUGCCUGGACACCCCUAGCAAAGCUAGUGAGACAUCGGGGUUACGCAGUCAGGCCACCCCUGGCAUCUCUCCCUAAGUCACGAGUUCCGCACCACCCCCACCCCAACCCAGGAUUAACUGCUGAUGGGGACCAGGGGCAUUUGGAGCGUCAAUAGCCCGGGUCUUCUGCCUCGAUGGCCGAUGCUGCUCCACUUAAGGGCCAGGGAUUGGGGUCAGUGUGCCAGAGAGGGUCCAUCAGGUCAUAGGAGCCACUUCCGGAGCUGGCCAGGACAAGGGGACAAGGGGCCGGACAGCCGGCUUGUGCGGGCCGUUCCAGGAGCACGAGAGCUGCCCUCCUGUUCACACAGCAGCUUGGGGCGGGUAGCGGGGUGCGGUGGCGAAGCCGUAGGGUAACGACAGCUUGCAAGAGGGUCCUCAAAGGCUUUUCAACCUCUUCCCCACACACAAUGAAAUACUACGAACCUUACCAGAAUGAAUACCACCCAUUUUAGGAAUUCGGUGAGCAAGGCAGCACACACCCUUCCAGAAGUGCCCGUCAGCUACAGUAAAAUGGCCGUGGCCCAGUCUAGUGGCAAACCUGAAAUUCUGGGACUAUUUGGCAAAUUGCUCUUUCAGCAGAGGGGCUUUGGGUGAGUGGCUUUGGCCACCUCCCCCUGUUGGCCACUGUCACUCACCCCUUGGAUCAACUGCCCCCCACCUCCCACACAUGAACUCACAAAAUGCCACUCAGCCCCAGGACCACCCCUGAUACCCGGGUGCCUGGAAGUCAGAAAUGGGGAGGGGGAGACACUAUUAAGCUGUGUGCCCCCCAGGGGAGCUAUGAACAAUUAAGGUGGGUCUCUUUCUUCCUCACCACAAUAGGCUCUAAGAAAUCACAUUACUAAAAAUCAGUGUCAUGUUUAUUUAAAAUAAAAGAGAAUGUUUUCUAUGUCUGUAUAUCUUUUGUGAAUAUUUAUUAGGAUUUCUUGUGUAAAAAAGUGCAAUAUUAAUAAUUGUACAUUGUCAUCCGGAAAACAAAGUGUUUGGGGGACUUUUGAUUAACUUCCUGCAGUUGUGUUCCCGUAAUUACUCAGUGGUAAUUAUUGUAUUGUUCCUAUUUUUAAUAGAACCUGAUGUUUAACUCCAGAUCCUGUAACUGUAACUCACUGUGUACAGAAUAUGUUGUAAAUCUAACAUGGGAUGACAGGGCAGUAAGAGGCAGUAGUUAUGCAUGGAAUGAAGACCGAUUCCGUACUACAAACUAACGCAGUUGGUUAUUUCUAGUUCAGUCGCUAUGGAAAACCAGUGGCCAAUAUUUAUGUUUCCUAAAUAGCAGGUGUCCUCCCGCUCGGGCUCGUGUCAGGCUGCAGCAGUUGAAGUGGGUUUCAGAGCGAGCCUGGAGAACCUAGGUUUGGGGUAAGAGGUAGCAUGCUCCUUGCAUGAGAUGAAUGUACAUUUAUUGUUUGUUCUGUGAAUCGUGACUCAACAGCAGCACAAGAUGAUUAGAGCGGCUAAAUAAUGUGGAAGGAGGCACUUCCUCCUCUAAAACACAAAACUGUAUUUAUAUUUUUUGUACAGAUAAUACAGCUUAUUUAUUUAAA